AUGAACGUUGAUAUAUAAAAAGGUAGAGAAAGACCUGUUCGAAGAAACGGAUUAGUUAAUGGUCUUAAUCCAUACCAAACUGUUAGUUGGAUUUAUACUCUUACUGAUAUCGUUAUUGCUUACAUAUUUUCAUUUUCGUUUGAGGAGUAUGGCAUUCAUGUAUUAUUUAAUUUUAUUAUUAAGGAACUUUUGAUCAUCUUAUUAACAAUUAUUGUUACAACCAUUUUUUAUAGUUGCCUUAAGGCUACUCUAAUAGAUCCGACAGAUUCUAUAGUGAAAUAGGAAAAAUUAUACAAAAAAUAAGGGUAAAUAUAUUUAUUAUGUUAAAGUAAAGAAUUUAAAACUGAUAUUAAAUCAUAUUGUUUAGUUUGUUAAGCACAUGUAUAAGAAAAGACAAAACAUUGUUGGAGUUGUAAUAAGUAAUUUAAGAUUUGUAUUAGAUGUGUAUCACUGUUUGAUCAUCAUUGUAUAUGGCUUAAUAAUUGUGUUGGAGAUUAAAACUAUUCAUACUUUUUUAUAUUAGUUAUUUCUUUGGUGACGUUUAAAAUAUUCAAAUUAGCCUUAGAUAUUAAUUUAUUAUACUAUGCAGAUGAUUUAUAAAUACUAGUUUAUAUUUGUAUUGCAAUAGAUCCACCAGUUUUGAUAAUCCUAAUAUACUUAUUGUCAAUGCACUUAUAUUUUAAGUUUAUGAUAUAUUUAAUAUUUUUAGAUAUAAACGUAUAACAACAUAUGAAUACAUAAAAUCAAAGUAAGACAAGAAAUAAUAAAUAAAUUAACAAUAGAAUCCAUAAUAAAAAUAGAAUUAAAAUGAAAGUGGAACAGGAUAUGGUUAAUUAUUAUCAACAUCAAAAAGAUUCGAUUUAAAAUCAUAAUUAUCUCUAAAAACUGCAGAUUCAAAAACAAGUAAGUAGAAUUAUUUUUCAAAUAAACAAGAAGAUGAUAAAAAGAAUCCUUAAUAAUCUCCAUCUUAACCUUAAUUUACUUAGAUUCCUAGUUUAUUCACUUCUAAGCCAACAACUCCAGGUAAUGAUUAAGAUAGAAAAUAUCGUAUAUAAUAAUAAAAUUAAUAAUCUUAAGCAAAAGAUCUAGAUGAAAUAAGAGAUAAAUAGAUUUACAAUUAAGUAAUAGCUGAAGAUUCAGAACCUUAAAUGAAUGAAAGUUCAGAUGAAGAAUAGAAUGAUAAUUUUAGUAAUAAUAAACAUCAUUGUCCAAAAAAUAGCAAUGUUUCUUAAUUAGGUUAAAUAGUAAAUUAAUCAAUAUCUGUGGAGAUUGAAUAAUAGAUAAUACAAGAGAAAUAAGAAGAAGUGAACAAAGAAAUAGAGAAUAAAUCUGUUGAUCAAGAUUUAGUUAGUGUUUCAAAUUAAUAAUCAUUACAUGCACAAUAACCUCCACCUCCUUAAAAUUGUUAUACAUUUUAAAUGGAUUUAAAUUCUGAAUAAUAAAAGAUUAUUAUAUCCCCAUCUAGUAAAAGAAAUAGUUAACAUUUAAUUGCUGAUAAUUGUACUGAAUGA